GGGCAGACGCGCAUCGAGUGCGUACCCGGCAGACGCCUACUGACUCCCUUCUAUUCAAGUAUUCGAGUUUUCUUUUAUCCGGUGGUAGCAAGAAAAAGCGGUUAAAUUUGUCGCAUAUAGAUGGUGCGUUAUUAAAUGCACGAAUGCAGUUUAAUCCUUGUUGGGCGGAAUUUUUAACUGUGUUUAUUGUAGCCCUACGAAAUCAAACCGAAUCGCCCAUCGUUGCUGUAUUCCCUAUUAGCAAAAAAAGAAAACAUUCUGGUUCAGAACUUUAAUAAAUCGUUCCUUUGAGAUUGACUGUCUUAUUAAGAUCCACAAAAAUGACGAUAAGGAUAUUUGAAGUUGGCAGCUCUCUGAUCGAGAAUACGAUGGAGAAGAUGAGUGACAACUUGACAUCAAUGAUUCUGGUUACGACUGCGUCCAUCUUGACUUUGGGAUACUUUUCCAAACAUAUCUAUAAACAGCUCCAGCCUCCUGACAAAACUUCGAAAUAUCCUCCUCACAUUCCCUCUGGUAUUCCUUUUCUUGGUCACGCCAUAGCCUUUGGGAAAAGCCCAAUCGAAUUUCUCGAAAAUGCCUAUGAAAAGUAUGGGCCUGUGUUCAGCUUCACCAUGGUGGGGAAGACCUUCACUUACCUCCUGGGCAGCGAUGCAGCCACGCUGAUGUUCAACAGUAAAAACGAGGACCUGAACGCUGAAGAUGUGUACUCUCGUCUUACCACGCCAGUCUUCGGCAAAGGAGUAGCCUACGAUGUGCCUAAUCCCAUAUUUCUGGAGCAGAAGAAAAUGUUGAAAACGGGAUUGAAUAUCGCCCACUUCAAACAGCAUGUGCAGAUAAUUGAGGAGGAGACAAGGGACUACUUCACACGCUGGGGGGACAGUGGAGAAAAGAAUCUGUUCGAAGCCCUGUCGGAGCUCAUCAUCCUGACUGCCAGCCGGUGCCUCCAUGGGAAGGAGAUCCGCAGCAUGCUGGAUGAGAAGGUUGCCCAGCUCUAUGCAGACCUGGACGGGGGCUUCAGUCACGCUGCCUGGCUCCUCCCAGGCUGGCUGCCUCUCCCCAGCUUCCGACGGAGGGACAGAGCACAUGUGGAGAUCAAGAACAUCUUCUACAAGGUCAUCCAGCGGCGUCGGGAAUCAGGGGAGAAAGAGGACGACAUCCUUCAGACCCUAAUGGAUGCCACCUACAAGACUGGCAAGCCGCUGUCAGACAGUGAAAUUGCCGGGAUGCUGAUCGGUUUGCUCCUGGCGGGGCAGCACACCUCCUCCACCACCAGCUCCUGGAUGGGCUUCUUCAUGUCCCUGGACAAGGACUUGCAGAACCGCUGCUAUGCCGAGCAGAAGGCUGUCUGCGGAGAGGACCUGCCCCCCCUGGAGUACGACCAGCUGAAGGAUCUGACUUUGUUGGACCGCUGUCUGAAAGAGACCCUGAGACUCCGCCCCCCCAUCAUGACAAUGAUGAGAAUGGCCAGAUCUCUGCAGACAGUUGCUGGGUAUAGCAUUCCAGCUGGACACCAGGUGUGUGUGUCCCCCACGGUCAACCAUCGCCUGUCAGACACAUGGCAGCAGAGAAUGGACUUCAACCCCGACCGCUACCUCGAGGAGAACCCUGCAGCUGGAGAGAAAUUUGCCUAUGUGCCCUUCGGAGCUGGUCGGCAUCGUUGUAUCGGUGAGAAUUUUGCCUACGUUCAGAUCAAGACCAUCUGGUCCACUAUGCUUCGUUUGUACGAGUUUGACCUAGUCGACGGCUACUUCCCCACUAUCAACUAUACCACAAUGAUCCACACACCCACCAACCCGAUGAUCAGAUUCAAACGCCGGCAGCCCUGAGAGGCUGAGAGUCAGUGACUGGAGCAGAAAAGGGAAUGACCUGCUGUCCUUCCAGGUGUCACCCAGUACAGCUUACUCUCUAAGACCUGCCAUUCUCCGAGUCCCUGCUCAGACGUUCUUCAUCGUGAGUGUAGACCCAUCAGGCACGUCCUCCAGAGAGCUCAAUAUGCAUAAAUCAUGUCACCUGAAGCAUUUUAACCCUUCUCCAUGUUUACUCAACGGAACACUCUUAGAUAUUAUAUUGUUUCGGAAGCACUAGUUCAUAUUUAGUGUUGUUGUUCCAAAUCCAGGGUACGUUUGGCAAAUUGGGUAUGUUGGAAGCUGCUCUGUAUUCAGAGUAGAACCCUGUCCCUGCUUCACCUUGUAUUUCUACUCUUUGCUUUCAUUACUGGCUCAAAUGCUUUGCCCCCAACAUUCACCUUUAUUUGCACCAAACUAGCUUGCAAGCUACCUUCACUCCUCUACCCAGAAGGUCUGACACCAUCGUUUCCAUUCUAUAGAUGGAUACAUAACUUGUAAGGUUACUUUGUGUAAGCCUGUUACCUAAAUGGAGAGUACCAACUAGUGAUGUUGCCAGGUGGAAUAAAGAAAGAUGACGAUCAAUAUGUAAUUGUUCUCCUAAGCUGCUCUUAGGAGACUGUGCUAAUUAGCCUGUUCUAAACAAUGUUAUAUUGAGUAGCUGUGGGGAAAAAAUAUUUUAGAUGUGGGCAUCUGUAAAAGCACAUUAUUGCCUUGUGGGGCAUUUCCACGUGGUAAAAUUGGUAAAAUACACUCAGUGAGCACUUUAUUAGGCAUUUAUUAGACUUUUUUUUUUUAACACUUAUUGGUUAAUUAAACUUCUGCUGAUGUAGCCUAUUCAGUUACUGGUUUGAGACAUCGUGUUUUCAGAGAUGCUCUUCUGCAUACCACUGUUGUAAUGUGUUGUAAUUUGUGUUUCUGUCAGCUUUGACCAGUCUGGCACUUCUCUCUCAAUAACAAGGUAUUUUUGCACGCAGAACUGCCGCUCACUGGAGGUUUUUUCGUUUUUCAAACCAUUCUGAGUAAACUCUAGAGACUGUUGUGAAAAAUAAAAAUGAUCAGCAGUUUCACAAACCACAUCAAUAAUCGUUCCACAGUCAAAGUCACUUAGAUCACAUUUUUUCCCCAAGCUCCUGACCCGUAUCUGCAUGAUUUUAUGCAUUGCACUGCUGCCACAUGUUUGGCUGAUUAGAUAAGCUCAUGAAUAAGUAGGUGGACAGGUGUUUCUAAUAAAGUGCUUAGUGAGUGUAUAUUUACUGUGGACUCAUGGCUCAAUUCUAAAAGGAUGUAUGUUUGCUGUUUGGCAGACCACACUGAAUGUUGUAAAAUGUCAUAAGUAUUGACCACUUCCAAGAAGACGAGUAAAGGAUUUAGUGGAGGCUGCCCAGACUUACUCAUAUGAACUUAUCAAUUCAAAUUGAAAGAUAGUUUGAGAUUUUAGGAGAACGCUGGAAUGUUUUAUAGUACACCUCUUUCUUCAGUGAGGAAAAUGGAGCAUUUGACAAAUAUCUUUAAAUAUAAAUAAUGCAAAUACUUGAAUUGAAUUUUUAUGCCAUUCUUUACCCAUCUGGACAGGCUUCUGUAAAGAGAACCGAAGCUUAAGGAUGUUCAUCUGGGGACAUGUAUGUUCCAUGUUCUGUAAUGGUGUUGAUUGCUUUGAGCGCGUUACACUGAAAUAGUGUAAAUAUACUUUUAUUUUGUCAUUACUAAAGACUGCUGGUUGACCUUGACCUUUUGUGAUUAAUAAAUACAACAUGUUGA